AUGUUUCUCAUAUUGCGUCAAUUACGAUAUUAAACUCUAAUUAAGGAAAAUAGUAACUGCUGAUUGUGCCCCAAGUUUGGUUUUGUAUAAAAAACCAAAAUUAUAUAAAUUAAAUAUGGCUGUACGAUUAACACAAAGAGUGAUACAAAUGCAAAUUCCCUUUUUAACAAGAAGUUAUCCCUUACUUGUUACAAAAGAGAAAGUUGAAGAUGUUGCACAUACCAAGUCGUCCUUACAGAAAAAAUUAACAGUCACUGAUAUACCUUCAGCACAGUAUGGUGGUCGCCAUGCCGUGACUAUGUUACCUGGUGGUGGUAUUGGACCAGAAUUAAUGAAGUAUAUACGGGAGAUUUUUCGAUAUUGCGGUGCACCCAUUGAUUUCGAAGUCAUAGAUAUUGAUCCAUCUACUGAAGGUAAUGAAGAUUUAGAAUAUGCUAUUACAUCUAUCAAACGUAAUGGCGUGGCGCUAAAAGGAAACAUUGAAACCAAGUCACGAAGUCUUGCCGAAGUCUCCCGCAAUGUGGCAAUACGUAAUGAACUUGAUUUGUACGUAAAUGUAGUGCACUGCAAAUCAUAUCCAGGCAUACCAGCACAUCAUAAGAAUAUUGAUAUCGUGCUUAUACGUCAGAAUACUGAUGGUGAAUAUGCUAUGUUGGAGCAUGAAUCUGUACGUGGUGUAGUAGAAAGCAUGAAAGUUGUAACAGUUGAAAAUGCAGAACGUGUAGCUCGGUAUGCCUUUGAGUACGCACGUCGAAGCAAUCGUAAAAAAGUUACUACGAUACACAAGGCAAAUAUUAUGAAAUUAUCUGACGGUUUGUUUUUGGAAGUAGCAAAAAAAGUGCAUAAGGACUAUCCAGAAUUGGAACACAACAACAUGAUUAUUGACAAUACUUGUAUGCAGUUGGUGUCAAACCCUCAUCAGUUCGAUGUUAUGAAUAUGACUAACUUGUAUGGUACCAUUGUAUCUAACGUUGUUUGUGGAUUAAUUGGUGGCGCUGGAUUAUUGUCAGGUAGAAAUUACGGAGAUCAUUAUGCAAUUUUUGAACCUGGCACACGUAACACUGGUACAGCCAUUGCUGGCAAAAAUGUUGCGAACCCUGUUGCUAUGAUUAACGCCAGCGUUGACAUGUUAAAUCAUUUAGGACACAAAGAACACGCAAAAGUCAUUGCUGAUGCUACAUAUCAAACGAUUGUUGAAGAUGGCAUACGAACGCCAGAUUUAAACGGGUCGAAUUCUAGUACUGAUGUUAUUGAAAACAUUUUAAAAAUUCUAUCCACUAGGCGUGUCAACUGAUCUUAUUGUCUUAUGAUUAUAAUGUAAACUACUGCAAAUGGAAUAUAUGGAAUAACAUAUCUCAUAUAUCUAACAACAUUAUGACCAAUAUUUAGUUUUCUUUAUUUAUAAUAUUUCAAUCGAAUUGUUCACAUUUUUAAUUUAAUUUUUAGUUAGAUUUCAACAUAGAUAAUAGUCAAAAUAAUUUUGUUUAGCUUUCCAAUAGUAUUUUUAAAAAAAUUAUAACCCAAUAAAGUGCUUAA